AUGAGCAUAGAUGAAGGAUCACAAAAUUUGUUAAUAUUUGAUAAAAAUUCUUUAGUAAAUCUAGAUACAAUCAGAGAAGAGAACUCUAAAAAUAAUUCACAAAACAAAGAACCUGGCAUACCUGACUUCACUACAAGUAAUUUACCAUUUAAAUGUAUUGGUAAAGCUACUUCUGUUAAAUCGUCAAAUAAAAAAAAAUCUAUAAAUAAAGAAGAUUCCCCUGUAUUGAAAAGACUUAUUCAAGAACUGUUAACUAAUGAUUCUAGAAAAACA